CAAAGGCGAUUUGGCACGUAUCGUCCUCUUGACCAAGUUAUCUCUACGCUUCUCCUCCUAUUGGGUACGGUCUGUACAAUUCAGUACGCGCGCCUCCAGUGCAACUAAAACCGACUCAGGAAAUGGAGAGUCUACUACCGGACUUCGAUUUGCCGCCGAAGCAUCCGUCGGAGGAGGCCCAGAAGCGGUGGAGAAACGCCGUCUCGGUGGUCCGAAACCGUCAUCGUCGCUUCCGUUACUCUCCCAACUUCGAGAAACGAUUGGAGGCCAAAGAGAUGAUGGAGAAAACCAGAGAAAAAAUACGGGUUGGAUUUAUGGCAUACAUGGCUGCGCUUAAAUUUCUUGAUGCUGUUGACUAUAAGCCUCCAAAGGAGAGGAUAGCUGGAGCUCAUCCUCCCGUUGGAGAUAUUGUGGAUGAAUAUGAUAUCGGUUUGCCAGAAGAGGCACAAAAGGCAGGCUUCAGAUUUCACCCUGAUAAACUUGCAACUAUUGUUGGUUCAUACGAUAUCACGACAUUAAGGAACAUUGGAAAAGUUGAAGGGCUUGCUGCUAGGUUGCGAGUCUCUUUGAGUGAAGGAGUCAAAACCAGUGAGGUCCCUGCAAGGCAAAAUGUCUAUGGAUCCAACAAAUACACCGAGAAACCAUCUAGAAGGUUUUGGACAUUUGUUUGGGAGGCCUUGCAUGACUUGACACUCAUCAUUCUUAUUGUGUGUGCUGUUGUCUCUAUUGGAGUGGGACUAGCUACUGAAGGUUGGCCAAAAGGAACUUACGAUGGUUUAGGAAUUAUACUUAGUAUAUUCCUUGUAGUCUUUGUCACAGCCAUUAGUGAUUACCGACAGUCAUUACAGUUCCGAGAUUUGGAUAAGGAGAAGAAGAAGGUUUUCAUCCAAGUCACCAGAGAUGGAUACAGGCAGAAGGUUUCCAUUUAUGACUUGAUUGUCGGAGAUGUUGUUCAUUUAUCCAUCGGGGAUGUGGUUCCAGCUGAUGGAGUAUUCAUAUCGGGAUACAGCUUGCUGAUUGAUCAAUCAAGCUUGUCUGGGGAGAGUGUGCCAGUGAGUAUAUCUGAGAAAAGGCCGUUUCUCUUAUCAGGAACCAAAGUGCAGGAUGGUUCGGCUAAGAUGCUAGUGACCACUGUUGGCAUGAGAACCGAAUGGGGUAAGCUGAUGGAAACUCUUAGUGAGGGUGGGGAAGAUGAGACUCCACUGCAGGUAAAGCUGAACGGUGUGGCCACACUUAUUGGGAAAAUAGGAUUGGGAGUUGCUGUAAUAACGUUUUUGGUUUUGGUUAUCAGGUUUCUUGUGGAGAAAGCACUUAGACAUGAAUUUACCAUUUGGUCCUCAGCUGAUGCCCUUACACUCCUAAAUCACUUUGCCACUGCUGUGACUAUAAUAGUUGUUGCUGUUCCAGAAGGAUUACCUCUGGCAGUGACACUUAGUCUUGCAUUUGCUAUGAAACAGCUAAUGGACAACAAGGCACUGGUGAGGCAUCUUUCUGCGUGCGAGACUAUGGGUUCUGCAACUUGCAUUUGCACUGAUAAAACUGGGACGCUAACGACCAACCAUAUGGUGGUCACCAAAACAUGGUUUUGUGGAAAAGCUAAAACAAUUGAAACUUUUGGUGGCAACACGAUAAGUUCAGAUAUUCCAGAAAACGUAUUAACCGUUAUUCUGCAGGCGAUUUUUCACAAUACAGCUGCUGAGGUGGUCAUGGGUAAGGAUGGAAAAAUGUCAAUUUUGGGUUCACCAACAGAAUCAGCCAUAGUUGAAUACGGUUUGCUUCUUGGGGGAGAUUUAGAAAGUCAACGAAGGGACUGCAAGUUGUUGAAAGUUGAACCUUUUAAUUCCGAAAAGAAAAAGAUGUCUGUUGUCGUGGCUCUUCCAGAUGGCAAAACCCGAGCGUUUUGCAAAGGUGCAUCUGAGAUUAUAUUGAGAACGUGUGAUAGGGUCGUUGAUGGAAAUGGUGAAGUUGUUUCUUUGUCUGAAGAACAGGUGGGGAAUAUUACUUGUGUCAUCAAUGAAUUCGCUAGUGAAGCUCUGCGUACUAUUUGCUUGGCCUUUAAAGACAUUGAAGAAGAUAGUCCUCAAAGCAGUAACAUUCCUGAUAGUGGCUAUACUUUAAUAGCGGUGGUAGGAAUAAAAGAUCCAGUUCGCCCGGGGGUAAAAGAUGCAGUAAAGGCCUGUUUGGCAGCUGGGAUUACAGUGAGGAUGGUCACAGGUGAUAAUAUCAACACAGCCAAAGCCAUUGCUGAGGAAUGUGGUAUAUUGACUGAAGAUGGCUUUGCCAUUGAAGGACCAGAAUUUCGCCUCAAGACUCCUGAUGAAAUGAGACAAUUAAUACCCAAAAUUCAGGUCAUGGCUAGGUCAUCUCCACUCGAUAAACACGUGCUCGUGAAGAACUUAAGAGGCAUGUUUAGAGAAGUGGUUGCCGUUACUGGUGAUGGUUCCAAUGAUGCCCCUGCCUUACACGAGGCUGACAUUGGACUUGCUAUGGGCAUUGCUGGAACUGAGGUGGCAAAAGAAAGCGCUGAUGUGAUUGUCAUGGACGACAAUUUUACAACCAUUGUCAAUGUGGCUAAGUGGGGGCGUUCCGUAUACAUAAACAUCCAAAAGUUUGUGCAAUUCCAGCUAACGGUCAAUGUUGUUGCUCUCAUUAUCAAUUUCACUUCUGCAUGCAUCUCAGGAUCUGCCCCUCUUACUGCUGUGCAAUUGCUUUGGGUGAACUUGAUAAUGGACACGUUAGGUGCGCUUGCAUUGGCCACUGAACCACCCCAUGAGGGACUAAUGAAUAGGCCUCCAGUAGGGAGGGAUGUGAGUUUCAUUACAAAGGCCAUGUGGAGGAAUAUCAUUGGUCAAAGUAUUUAUCAGCUAUCUGUUCUUUUAGUCUUCAAUUUUGUUGGAAUUAAGCUUUUGAGGCUUGAAGGUUCAGAUGCCAAGGCUGUUCUCAAUACUUUCAUAUUCAAUACCUUUGUAUUCUGUCAGCUCUUCAAUGAAGUAAACAGCCGUGACAUGGAGAAGUUGAAUGUACUGCGUGGCAUAUUUAGUAGCUGGAUAUUUUUAGGUGUCAUACUCUCCACCGCAGCAUUCCAAGUCAUCAUUGUCGAGUUCUUGGGCGCGUUUGCCGGCACUGUACCUUUGAACUGGCAACUUUGGCUACUCAGCAUCUUGAUCGGAGAAAUAAGCGUGAUCAUUUCCUUAGGCUUGAAGUUGAUCCCCGUCAAACAAGAGACUGUCAAAUUCCAUGAUGGCUAUGAUCCGCUGCCCGGUGGUCCUGACCAGGCUUGAGAAAUGAAGCUGUACUGUUCUGGGGUCUGCUGCUUCGUCGACAUUGUGAGUGUAUACGUACAGGCUUUUGAAACAUCAUGUGUAUGAAGCAAAUUUUGAAGUAUAAUUGGACUAUUUGAUAUUGGAAGUUAACCACCCUUCUGGGUAAACAUUUUGGAUGAAAUCAAAGGUUUGAACAUCACAUACAUGCACUUAAUUGUACACUUUGCUUGCUUUGAUAUAGAAUUGUAGACUGCUCCCUGGGUUUGAAGUUAAUCUCAUAUGUUUAUGUC